AUGAGGAAAUCGAAGAACCGAUCGGAGGCAUCUAUAAGAACAGUCAAGUCAGAAACACAAUAUAAAGAAGAAAUUUACGUGCCACCGCUUGACGUUCUAAGUAUUAGCAUCCUAGACUUGAGAGUUCCUGACGAGGAUCCUAAACCGUAUACAUUGAAGAUUACAUUCUUUGAUCAAUUGCUAUUGUCAAGUGUGGUCAUGUCUUCUAAUAGCAGACAGGAGAAAGACACCAAUAAAUCAAUCCUUGCUGAAGGAUAUAUGAAUUACGAUCCGUCAGAUUAUGAAAAAAUGUGCUUGUUUGUCAAUCACCCUCUAACUAAUACAAAUGACAUGAUCAUCAAAAAACGCAUGGAAUCUAUGAUACCACCAUCAGUCUUACUCGCUAAAAGUUGGGAUAAUUUUCCAAAAAUUACGUUAAAAUUGAAUAUUAUAAGAAACGAAGAAAAUCAUAUACAUCAUAAAAAAUUUAGAAAUCCAAACUAUUUUAAAUUUACUCUCGUGGGAUGUUACAACUUUUUAAUUCCUUUUAAAAGCAGUAUAACUUAUACAGCGGCAACAAAAUUACCAGUGUCGAAUGAAAUGCACAGUUCAGUCUUCACAUUUGAUAAUGGCUAUAUAGCCCCAGAGCGAUUUGAAUAUAUGUCUUUUUAUCCACACUGGGAGAGUCUAAGGCUUCAAGACGAACGAUUUACGAAAGGAGAUCUAAAACUUCAAUGUGACUUGAAAGAAUUCCAAAAUGUACAAAAUAUCGAUUUGGAAUAUUACCUAAAUGACUCAUCAAAACAGCUCAGCACAGUUUGGGCCUCAUUCCACCGAACGUUAUUACUUAAGGACUCUGAACAAUGGCUCUCUAAUUACAUACGCCAAUACAAAUGGCCAUUAGAAGUGCAAAUGUAUGAGGAAGGCCAAGGAUACAGUUUUAUGGGCUUCAUCGACCUAUUCAAAUUGCUCUAUCCGGGAGAAAAAACUACUAGAAUAGUCGUACCGUUACAAUGGUUCGACGCAGAGAGCCUGAUGGAGAAAUGUGGUUGUGAACCCCUACUCACGCCUACUGAAUUAAUUCAAUCUCCUAACCAUCAAAAAGUUAUCAGUAAUGUAACAGAAUUUUCAUCUGUCACCAACGAAAUACUACCAACCGGUAGCGAUGGCAGCUGUGCGUUUGCUAUAAUCGAAGUGACAAUGGCGCGACCUUUUAAAAAGCCUAUUAUACCACCACAUAUAACACAAUCGGAAAUAAAUGAAAUGGCGACUGACCUAGAGUUGUUACCGAUAAAACGAGAGUGUUCUGGACGAGGUCAACUCGAGCGGGAUUGGCAAGCGAUGAUAUCAAAUGCGGCUAAAUCGCUACUACAUGUUCCUUACUAUGGUUCAGCAGAUAUUUGUGCCAUUAUCAGACAACUGAGCACUUCACGAACGCGUGUGGAACUUUUCACGUCCUUCUGGCAAGAAGCUGCCAUAUACGUCAACAACAAUUUUGUUGUCAGCGAUUUCCUGCGAUCCAACGACACUUACGAAGAGAUGCUAAUGAUAGCCCAUUCUUGUCUGAUGAAAAUUACGUACGAAACUCUCAAUGAAAUUGAUGACACACAAGAAAUAAACCCAACUCUGAGAGCCGCCAGACAGUCGCGACAACUUCAGGACUUACCUCAUGCUAUGGAACUUUAUUUACAGUUGGUAGUGGAAAGACCCCGGGAAGCAGAUAAUUGGCGUGAACUAGCCACAUGCCUCAGAGACAUUGACGAGGACUGGGCUGACGUCUGUAUUAAUAAAUCGCUUUUGCUAAAUCCACGGCAUCCCUUAAGUCUCCUAUCAAAAGGCUCUAUGGUUUUUGAUAAAGAUCCGGACGCAGCUGAGCCAUUCUUUGUAGCCUUACUGGCAUUUUAUCCGUUUUAUCCAACCUUAUGGAUAGCUGCCAACGCGUAUUACCUUCACAGGGAACUGUUUGAUAUGGCUCAGCAAAUCAUGGAACAAAUAAAAAGGACAAGAGCGGAAGGACUGUCAGGGGAGAUGAGAUACUCUCGUGCUUGGGAACGAGAACUCGGAGACUGGUGGGACCACACACCCUUACUACCUGGCACCAGCUUAUAUUACGACGCGGCCGAUCUACUUCUAAGAAUUCGAGCUAUUUCUCUAGCUGAGGUCUGCAUAGCUACUGCUCUAUCGGAAACUGGCGAAUCUCCUGUAUAUUAUCACAUGGUCGCGCUAUGCUGUCGAUUAAGAGGACAGAUUGAAGAUGCUUUAUGCCAUCUAAAGCAAGGAAUCGAAAAAUUUGGUGAAAUAAGUUAUUUGAGGAGCCUUGAAGGUGAGUGCUAUCAUAAGAUGAAAAAUAUAGUUCCGUCCAUAGCAUCGUUCAAAAAAGCUGGCAGCUAUAGUAGCCCUUACAUCGCCUUACUCUCUCUGCCCCGAUAUGACCAUCAGCGAACUCGUUCGAUACUCUCGGACGUUGUUCGUCGUCAUCCAAGUGCCUAUGCUUGGAUCGCAUUGGCUGAGGAUUGGUUAAUGCGCAGUUCUUCCGGAGAAGGAGAUGCAGAAGUAAGAAAAGACCAGCGAACAGCAACCUCAAAUGCUGCUAACUGCGCGGCUAGAGCGCUCAAUUGCGACCGUCGCGCGGGGCGCGCCUGGGCAUUGCUGGCUACCCUGCUCUCACCGAGCACAAGGCGACAGUACUGCAGAGUUAUGGCAUCUGCGUGUGAUUACAAGAAACCAAUAGAAGAACUUAGAAAAUCUUUGGGAGAGCAAAAAUCGUUUUGUUUUCGCAUCGGUAAAGUUCUACAAGAGUGUCGUUGUGAAAUGUGUAUAAAUCUUGCUAUUUGA